AUGAGCACCGAAAGGUGUUACGAAGAAGAGUCUCGUCGCGGAGUCACGGAACACGACGAGACGAGACGCGACGCGACGUGUCGCGACGAGCGGCGGCGACCGGCUGACAUCCAUCUCCAUGUCCGUGUCCGUAUCCGUGUUCCAUGCGACACAAACACGUCGACAUCGACGGACGUCGCUAUUGAUUAUAUCCGAAGCACAGAUGCACGAUCAGUACCGAGCCGAGCCAAUCGACGCCCGUCUGUCCGACGACAACGUCUGAUGGCGACUAGCCAAGUUCUUUAA